AUGUCUCGUCCACAGGUCAGCAUCGACCGCCUCACGCCCCGCCGGGUGACCGUCGAGCCGCGCGAGGCUAUGAACUGCAAAUCCUGUCGCAAGAGAAAGGUCGGUCGCAUCUGUCCCGAUCGCGAAUCUCCGCUGAUCCCUUCCCCCAGAUCAAAUGUAAUCGCUUGCGACCAAGCUGUGAGGCCUGCAAGGUAUUCCAGUGCUCGUGUGUCUACGGUGAGUUCACCCGUUGUGCUGUCCUGCGGAUUCCUCCCAAUUCUGAUCCCGCCGACCCCAGAUGCCGUCCCCAAGAAGCGCGGCCCCAAGACGGACGUGCUAGAAGCUCUUCUCAAGCGAGUCGACGGCUUAGAAAAGCGACUACAAGACGAGAAAAAUCCGAUAUCUCCCACCUCCCCGGAUGCAAAGGAUGAGCCGCCACCUCACGCCUCCGGUCCCGGCCCCUCCAUCGACACCUCCGUUCAAUUUUACCCGCAUGGGGACUCACGACCGACUUUACCUACUCCUCUCACUCACCACCCAGAACCAUUUGCUCGGCCAUCUGCCCAUCGAUCUUCCAGCUUCCACCAGCAACCAUCUCCCCAACUUGGGAUCCUGUCUGACGCGAUCUUGGAUACUUAUUUUGCUCGGCUCCAUGGAAAGCCAUUUCAUAUUCUAGAUGAGUCGACAACACGGAAGCGCUAUCAAUUAGGCCAACUACCUCCGUACUUGUCUACGGCAAUUGCUGCCAUGACGCUGAGGUAUACCAGCUCCGCUGGCCAGUCGGAGCAGUCACUGAACGCGUCACUCGAUGCGGCGCUACAGGCGCGACGUGCAGUGGAUGUUGACAACCCCACGCUCGACGGCUUGCAAGCUCUUCUCCUCUUGUCCCAGGUCUUCUUUGCGCAUGGCUUGGGAAAGAAGGCCUACAUGACAUUCUCAAAUUGUGUGGCCAUGAUCGUUGCACUGGACCUGUUUCGGGAAGUGCCGACCAAGGCCAACCUUUCACCCGCGGAGCGUGAAACGCGCCGCAGACUCUUUUGGGCGGUAUACCUGAUGGACCGCUUCAUUACCUGCGGAUCCCGACGCCCUAGUCUCAUCUCAGACCAUUCGAUCGUGCUGCGUCUCCCGUCUUGGUCCCCACAUGCGACCGGUCUGAACAUGGAAGGCGAGCUAUUUCACGUAGGACCGAACAUACAGUACUCAGCGGAUUCGCGCCGUAAAUCACCCAGCGCAGCAUCCUUGUUGAUUGAUAUCACUCGCAUCCUCGGUGUCACUAACCGAUAUCUGGCCGCCGGUGGCGUCAAAGGCGACUCGCAUUUUCCUUGGCACGCAUUGUCGACCUUGUCUAAGAUUAGGCAGGAGCUAGAUAUAUGGGCUGCCGGCACACAGGAUGUUUUUGCAUCUAUCGAUGUACUGUUUGGUCACCCGGAAAGUACCACGCUCCUGCUAAGCAAGCUGAUCUACCACCUGGUGCAUUGCCUGAUUUAUCGACCGUUCCUGCCUAUUGACCUGGUUGAACUGCGUGGCACCGGGCAACACCAGUCAUGGCAGAUUGAAGCUACCAACCUCUGCUUCUCACAUUCCAAUGCCAUUGCGGAACUGGUGGAGCUCGGCCGCAAUUCCUCUCUUGUCGAAUGGCCCUCCUUCGUUGGGUACUGUAUAUGCACCGCGGGCACUGUUCAUGUCCACGGCGUACACUACAAGGGUCGUGAAGGAGAAGUAUUUUCGUCAAGCGGCGAAUUCUUGACUCGUGAGAUGCACCAGCUCACAUGGCUACGCAAUUCGUGGGCCGGUGUACAGCAUCAGCGGGAGCUGCUUCAAACUAUUUAUACCUGCCAUGCUGAGCUGGUGCGUACGCUUGCUAGCAGCCCCAUGCGGUUUUCUCCAGUUUUCCAUCUGGAAGAUUUCCUCGACCGAUACCCGGGAUUAGCCGUGGACGGGGCACAUGUCCGGUUAGUUGACAUGGGAGAUGAAUCGGCAACCAGUGCUACGAACCUUGUGGACCGACAAGACCACUACUACCAACGGCAGAUGAAUGCACCUUCGUAUCAAAGCCCGUCGAGCUUCUAUUCGACUACGCGAUCAGGUCAUACAUCACAAUUACCCUCCGCACAGACUCUAGACUCUGAUCGUCGCAAUUCCCACUCUCAUUCCCUGACCAACAAACCUGCCCACACGACAGCUCUCUCCCCAACAUUCCACUUCCACCCGCCACCCAACAAUCCACACCAACCAUCCCCGACCCUUCCAUCCAUCUUCCCAAUGUCCGGAACAGAUUUAUCACAAGGUUCCGGUAAUCCAAGUGGCUCAGCAGAUAACACUCAUCUCUCCCUCCCGAACGGUUUUUCCCCCUCUGCCUUCGGUCUCUCGCCCCCAGCCUUCCUCUCCGACACGUCACUAAAUAUCGCACCCACGCCACCCCCAAACCCACAAUAUGCCAUAUUCCCAUUCGACACACCGCACGCCAACAUGGGCGGUGCACAGAACGCCGCUGGAGGAGCUACGGCUGCAACACCAGGAGGCCAAUCACAAACCAGUGGAUCCCAUACCGGGGGCAGCGAAACCGGCUCUCUUGAGAAAGACCCGUUCCUGAGCUUGCUAGAACAGUUAGCAGAAAACGAACACUCACAAGGCGGGCCCAGCGAGUUGGAUUUCUUCCUAACUGGCACCGGGGCCGUAGAUGGGGAAGGAGGGCCACCUGGAGAAGACAAAGUGGGUGGCACAACAUAG